AUGAUCAUCAGGCUCGGAGCCCACAAGUGGCUCAUGACACUAAAUCUCGAGGAGAGCACGCCUCUGGAUUCGUCGUUUCUCGAUCAAUUGCUAGCCUCUCUCGUGCUCAUUGAGGGCGAUCUCGACCUCAUCAGCCCAGGAAAGAGGUGGAGAGGGGCUCGGGACCGCGAAAUCCGGCAAGUGAAAGCAAGAGAGGCCAGGGAAAAUUUGCGGGAGGCGUUUGACAAAUUUGAGAAGGUGAGCAGCCGACAAGAGUUCUAG